GCGCGGCGGGGCUCGGCAUGAGGACUUUAUGGAGAUUUGGAUACUCUGCCAGACUACUGAAAACUAAUCAUUUUAGGACAGCUGCAUCAAAUACAUCAUUUCCAGCAGUUUGGAUGCUAUUGGCGCAAUAUUCUGGCAGAAUACCUGGGCUCUUCGUAGUAGUUAGAAAAAAUAGUUUUUUUACAAUGCCUGAAACUGUGGAGGAUAAAGCUAAUCUAGAACUGUAUUUGCCGCAUCCUGAAGUGCGUGGGAUGACACUACUCAACAGAGAAGCUUUUAAAAGGACAGUUGUUGUUCCAGUUCUUAAAGUCAAGAAAGAAAUUGUAAAUACUUUGCUGAAGUCCCUAAAACAUACGGUACUACAGCGUCCUGGUCUAAAGCGAGUGGUUGAGGAUCCGGAAGAUGAGGACAGUAGACUUGUUAUUUUGGAUCCUCAUAAAAUACUAGAAUUCUCAUUGGGAGAAUCGGAGCAAGAGGUGUUAAAACAGCUUAAUGUUCGUCCUGAGGUGUCCAAGUAUAACUUAGAGCUGACUUACGAGAAUUUCAAGUCAGAGGAGAUCCUACGAGCAGUCCUUCCCGAAGGUCAAGAAGUCACCUCUGGAUUUAGCCGUGUUGGUCACAUAGCUCAUUUGAAUCUUAGAGAUCAUCAGCUACCAUACAAACAUUUGAUUGGCCAGGUUAUAAUUGACAAGAAUCCGGGAAUCACCUGUGUAGUGAAUAAAACCAAUAUUAUUGACAGCACAUACAGAAAUUUUCAAAUGGAAGUGCUCGCUGGAGAGAGCAACCUGGUAACCAAGGUCAAAGAAAAUAAUAUUGUGUAUGAAUUGGACUUUUCUAAAGUCUACUGGAACCCACGUCUUUCCACAGAACACGGCCGUAUCAUUGAGCUUUUAAAGCCCGGUGAUGUCCUUUUCGAUGUCUUUGCUGGGAUUGGACCUUUUGCUAUUCCAGCAGCAAAGCGAAAGUGCCACGUAUUUGCAAACGAUCUCAAUCCUGAAUCCUACAACUGGCUCCUGCACAACUGCAAACUAAACAAAGUAGACAACAAAAUAAAAGCGUUCAACAUGGAUGGCAGGGACUUCCUCCUGGGGCCAGUAAGAGAAGAACUAAGUAAAGAGCUCCCACUUCUGAAAGAAGAACAGAAAACCUCUUUUCAUAUAGUCAUGAAUUUGCCGGCUUUGGCUGUUGAAUUUCUAGGUGUUUUCCGGCAUCUUUUAGUCGGGGAGCCGUGCAGCACUGCUGGCCUUCCCACGGUACACUGCUACGGUUUCUCCAAACAUGACGACCCCGCCAAAGAUAUUCAAGAACGAGCUGAAGCUUCGCUGGGAACCUCCUUAGGUGGACGCUGUUCUACUUACCUGGUUCGAAAUGUUGCACCGAACAAGGAGAUGCUGUGCAUUAGUUUCCAGAUCCCAGCGGACGUGCUGUACAAGAGGCCCUGCCCUGAUGAAGCAAAACCAGCCUCUAAACGUCUGUGUACCAGCAAAGAUUUUUCUGAAGAAAAGUUGGAGUUGAAGAACUGAAGACUAGAGUUACGGUAACUACCUUAGCAGUUUGCAUAAGGUAUACAUAGGUUACCUCUGGUUUACCCCUUGAAUUAUUUGACGCGUAUCUGUGUUAUCCAUCUCAGGUGCCGAGAUGCAUAAUGCAUGUUGCAGCUUUCCUUUGUGAGCCUUGCUUUCUGCAUUUACCUUUUUUUAAUUGCAGGAUCAAUAAGCAGAUUGAAGUUGUUACUACAAAAAAAUAAAACCUUG